AUGAGUCUUGAGGAGUUGGAGUCACUGAUACGAGACUCGGAUAAUGCCAUAGAGGAUUUGAAGAAAGGCAAGAUAUCCAUAGCGUACGGCAGCAUGACUAUGGAGGAUGUGGAAAUGCUCUUCAGGAUUCCAAAGACCCCUGUGUUUAUGGACAUCCCAUUCUGGGAAAUCCCAAUUCCCACAACGAUGGUCGAGGACCUGAAGGAUCUAGAUUUUGUGACCGAGGGAAGCCUCAAGAAUGAGGCGCUUUCUAGCGUUAGGAUCAACAUCAUCCUACAAGCCGUUCUAAGAGAGCGGAGGCUUGUCGCCCCCCCCUCAAGCCAGAACUAUGCACCUGGGGUUCGAGACUCCAAUGAGCAUCGGGCUUUCGCAAAUGGCCGUAGCGAGUGGUGA